GAGGUUUCAAGAGGCCGCAGCAGAAGCAAGUCUCCCCCUCCCUUUGUUUUUCAAAAGAAGCUGCACGUGCGCUAUGUACUGUGCUACGCCCUGUAGAAUGCACGCCGCGAAGCAGAAGUUCAUCAAAGAGGGCAUCGCGCAGUACCGCGCGACGCGCUUCGACGCCGCCGGCAGAGCGGCCGUGGAGGACCUCAAAGACCGCAUGCUGGACCUCGCAAGCCGCUGCGUCAACAAGGCCCACGUGGAGCUCUUUGGUUCGCUCGUGACGGGCUUCUGCAAGCCUGGCUGCGACGCUGACUUUUCCCUUACCCACCGCAGCUUCUCACCGUGGUUACAGGGCAUAGACUCGGUCGCAGAGCAGGACGUGAAGAGGCUCACGCGGGUCUCGCGAGAGGCCGGUCGCAUGGGCAUGGAGAAGGUUCGUUUCAUCAACGCCCGCAUCCCCGUCGUGCAGUUCCAGGACCCGGUCAGCGGCAUUCACUGUGACAUCAGCAUCGGCAACCCCGGCGGCGUGGAGAACUCCAAAAUUUUGGCAGAGAUCCACAACAUCCUGCCCGACUUCUAUGGCGCCUACGUGCACCUCAUCAAGGAGUGGGCUAAGCGACGCGAGAUGAUUGAUCCCGACAAGCUCAUGUUCAACAGUUUUACCAUCACCACCAUGGCGUUGAUGGUGCUCCAGGAACUGGGGUUGCUUCCGGUGUUCCGGCCAAGCGGAGAGUUCGGUGAACUCACGCUAGAGGAUGUGCAGAGCACCCUCGCCACUUUUGAACUGCCCCCCAUUUACGAAGGCAUCGAGCAAGACGACGAGCGACUUGGCGAGGCAGUCUACUACUGCGCACUGCGCUUCGCGGAGUACUACUCUAAGUUCGACUUCGCGAACGGCACCGUCAGCCUCAUGUGCCCGCGACGUCACCGCUCCUUAUACGCGAGCAUCGUGAAGACGCACCUCUCGUUGUUCGAGGCCCGCAUGCGACAAGGGUGGAUGACGUACUACUCGGGGGCUUCGCAGGAGGAGGCGGCGCACGUGUCGGGCAGUCGUGACAACUUCCCUGAGGCGGCGCUCAAGGCGGCGAUGCAGAACGAGAUGGUGCAGCGCACCACCGACUGCCCUUUUGUGGUGGAGGACUUUGUGAACUACGUGAACUGCGGCCGCCGAGUACCGAACUCGCGUGUGGCGCACUCGCAGAAGGAGUUUAAACGGCUGUACGACCUACUUCGAGAUGAGAGCAAGGUGUCGCUGGAGGAGCUGCUGGAGCCGAGCAACACGGUCCCCUUCGUGAACGUGCCAGGCCACGCUGACGACCGCGUGAGGCAGUUCGCGACGGCGCACUGA